UUGCAGUGUGCUAGAGUCUACCGAAUACCGAACUACAAGAAAAAGAUCAUUAAUAUAUGUAUGGUAUAAAACUUCAUAUUUCUUAUAGUAUAGUUGGUUUCAAUGACAGUAGCAGAAUUUUGGAACCGUUGUUACUAUUUCUGCUGAACAGCAGAAUCUGAAAACUUGAUAUACUAGAAACUAAAAAAUUGUUUUCUAAUUGUCGCCGAAUAUAACGAAACAUGAAAUUCAGGAAAGGAAAGAAACCUCAAAAUGGACAAAGUUAUACUGGUCGUUUCAGGGCACAACAAUCUGGUCCAAGAAAUCGUUUGCGAACAGUUGCAGCAAACAAAGUAGCUAAGGUCAAAAGACUGAAGGAGAUAAAAAAGCGAGGAAAUGGAGCAAAAUUAAAUAAUAGAAAAAGUGUGUCCACAACUAAGAGAUUAAAUACUAGUAAUGUAAUGGAUGCUAGAGUGAAGCUUUUACAAAAAGCAUUAGUUACACCAACUAAAAUAGUUGAUGCAAGACAAAAGUUAACUAAGCAAAAAGAUGCAAGAGAAAAGAUUCAGGAACGGCGUUUAAAGUCAUCACAUGAAAAUGAUCAAAAUGCUGGUAUAUCAAGAAGAUUUAAUAAUCAAGGAGGACGUGUCAAGAUUGAUCGCCGUGGUAUUCUAACAGUUAAGUCAAUUUUAGAUGAAAGAUCUGAUGUACAUCGUCCUAAUCCUAGAAAUAGACAAAGGACUGAAGUUGGUCAAAGGCAGUACAGUGGAGCUAUUAGAAGAAGCACUAAUAAUACAUAUAACUCCAAUCUUAAUACGUUCAGAAGUGACAGACCUAUCGAAGAACUAAGGGCUCCUAGACGUGAUGCAAGGACACCAAGAAGACCAAUACCUAAUACUAGUGGUCUAAGAAGACCAGUUGAUAGAUCUACUAGAUCUACUCGUAUCAAUGAAAAGCCCUAUAGUAGACCUAUGGCUAUGGAUUAUGAUGAUUCUAUGGAGUGGGAAGAAAAUAGUAGAUACUCGCCUACUCCUGUGUUGCGAAGAAAUAUUGGAAAUUCUAUGUUUAGUCGUGACAAUUAUCAUGAAGAAAUGCUUGAUAGUAUUUCCAGGGGUCAAAGAGGUCUUAGUGAAACAUUACGAUCAAGAUUAGAUUCUCAUCAAUCAGUUACUAAACGUACUAGACCUAGUGGUCAUAAGAUUGUUAUAUCUAAUCUGGAACCGUCUGUUACAUCAGAAGAUAUUAGAGAAUUAUUUGCUGACAUUGGUGAUCUUUUAGAAUCCAGAGUUGUUAGACCUGGUGUUGCAGAAGUAAUAUAUGAACGUCGAGCAGACGCUAUACAAGCUGUUGAUGUAUAUCAUAAUAGACAGCUAGAUGGAAGGCCAAUGAAAUGUGAUAUGGUUAGAAAUGCUGGUUCAAAUGCAAACUCAAUUUCUGUUUCAGGGUCAAAUCGUAGAAUGCCUUCACGAGCAGCUGAUAUGUAUAAACCAUCUGCUUAUGUUACAUAUGAUAUUGAUGCUGUACACACAGCUCUAUUUAAUAAAUAAAGUAAGAAGUCUUAUUGUGUAACUUUAUGCUAGAAAUUUUAUUUCUUAAAACAUUUUCUAGUAUAACCCAUUUUAAUGUAUUUUAAUUAAUUGAUAUUCUCUAACCACAAGACAUUUUAAUUUUGUUAAUAAUUUUUUUUUCCCAAAAUACAUUCUAUAUACUUCUGAAUUUAGUUUAUGUAAAUGUAAAAUUCAAAUACAUUAAGUUUUGACAUCA